UUGGAAAAUUACCUCGCCUGUGAUGCUAAUAAUCUUUAUUAAAAAAACAAUAUAAAUACUUUUCUUGGAAGCUCGUCCCUUGAAUUUGUGGUCAGGAGCUCUCGCCAACUUCAUUUCCUUAUCUAAAGCUAUCUAUAUAUUCCUUGCACUCUAGUGAAGGAAAAUUCAACAGCUAUUGUCUUUAAUUCAUUUUCAGGGAAUCAAGAUGAGCACCAAGAGGCUAGAAGGAAAGGUGGCUUUGAUAACCGGUGGAGCUAGCGGAAUUGGUGCGGCAACUGCAAGGUUGUUUCUUAAACAUGGAGCCAAGGUCAUUGUUGCAGAUGUUCAAGAUGAUCUUGGUCAAUCUCUUUGCCAAGACCUGGGCUCAGAGGAAAUUAUCACUUAUGUUCAUUGCGAUGUAACAUGUGAUUCUGAUGUUCAAAAUGCUGUGGAUUUGGCCGCCUCAAAGUAUGGAAAGCUUGAUAUCAUGUAUAGCAAUGCUGGACAUCCAGGCAAUACAGUUGGCAUUUUAGGCACAGACAAUGAAGAAUUCAAAAGGGUUUUCGAUGUCAAUGUGUUUGGUGGUUUCUUGGCAGCCAAACACGCUGCCAGGGUCAUGAUUCCUGCGAAGAAAGGCUCUAUUCUCUUCACUGCAAGCAAUCUUUCAGUGACUUGCUUUCAGGGUAUGCAUGCGUAUGUUACAUCAAAGCAUGCUGUGGUUGGUUUGGCCAAGAAUCUUAGUGUGGAGUUGGGCCAAUAUGGGAUUAGGGUCAAUUGUGUCUCGCCAUAUGCAGUUGUAACCCCACUGCUAAAGGAAGGUAUUGGGGCAAUGGGGAUGGAGCAUGAGAAGAUUCAGGAAGCAGUUUCUGCUGCAGGGAACUUGAAGCAGGCUGUGUUGCAAGCAGAAGAUAUAGCAGAGGCAGCUUUGUAUUUGGUAAGUGAUGAGUCCAAGUAUGUGAGUGGGCUGAAUCUGUUGGUUGAUGGAGGUUAUAGUCUUACCAAUCCCACCAUUGAAAUGGCAAUCAAAAGCUUACUUUCUUCGUAGGAAGUGAAAGUCAGGAGAAUUCCAUCUGAUCGCUUUUUGGGCAAUAAUACUUGUCUGGAAUAAUUAAUUUUAUCCUAAUUAAAUUAGGAAGUUUCUUGGGUUGAACUAUGGUGUCUAAUAUGUUAGAUAAUCAUGGAACAACAAAUUCUCUUUGUUUUUCUACUGUAUUUGAGCUCAAAGAGGUACAAUUUAGUAUCCUAAUAAAAUAAAAUUCUUCUCUA